AUGUUAACCGAUUUCGGAUUAUCUAAGGAGGGAGUUUAGGAGCAUUAUUCUGGUGCAAGAUCAUUUUGUGGAUCUGUAGCAUAUUUAGCACCUGAGAUGCUCAAAAGAUGUGGCCAUGGAAAGGCUGUCGAUUGGUACUUAUUAGGAGUUGUAAUGUAUGAACUUUUAGUUGGACAACCUCCCUAUUAUGCAAAUGAUAGAGAAGAGCUUUUCAAUAACAUUUAAAAAGCUGAUCUAAAGCUACCAACAUACAUAUCACAUGAUGGAAUCAAUCUUUUGAAAGCACUAUUACAGAGAAAUCCAGCAAAAAGAUUGGGUUCUGGUAAAGGAGAUGCAGAAGAAAUUAAGGCUCAUCCUUAUUUUACAGAUAUAGACUGGAAUAAAGUGAAAGAGAAAUAAAUUAAAAUGCCUAUUCUGAGUAGAAAAACAAGGUUUAUCAAGGUCGAACAUAAUGUUUUCGAAAUUGGUAGCUUUUUAGAGUAAUCACAUUUGGCAGGAUGGUCAUUUGCAGAACAUAAAAUUUAGUAGUGA